GGUAAAUUUUGACAUUUCUGAUUUUCUACUAUUCUUGUUAGGUAUGUUCAGUUGGGGCACAGGUGACGUGGGGUUUGAUUAGAAAAUGCCAAAAGGAGAAAUUUACGAACAGGGCGUGAAGAACUGGGUACCAGUGUUAUCAUAGUUAACGGCGUAGGGCGGCACUUACCAAACUUAUUCAGAGGGCGAUGUCGACUCUUGCUUUGAGCUCCAUUGGAAAACAAUAACAAUGCCAAACAAUUUGCAUAAGAACAGUAUAUUUUCACUGAUUUUGAAAAUAGCAUUUGUGCCAUAAGCCAAAAGUUCAUAUUAGCAGCUAUCCCCUCGCCUGGCAAUCGUGGCAAUCGUGGCGAUCGCGUUGAAUGAGAAGGUGCAGAGCUAACGCAACAGGCAUUUGCAAACAAAAUUUAUGAAUAAACAAACAAUAGAAAGUUGUUCGUUUUUUGUUCCAAAGAUAUUUGGAAAUCAAGGCCAAGAUCUACAUACAUACAAAACCUAAAUUAUUUGUUUUGGUACACCAGCUAGGUUGUAUAAGGUGAAAUAUUAGUAUAUCCGAGGCAAUCCUCAGAAAGGCAAGCAUGAGAAUGGCAUCUACAAUCAAUUCCAAUGAGAGGGACGAUGGCAUCGCAAAUGACAUUUCAGUUGAAAGGUUAUAUCAGCGUAAACUAAUGAAAGAAAAUCCUAAUAAAAUCAGUCAACAUUCAGAAAAUGGAGCUUCAUGUACUGAAAAAGAAGGAAAAAUAGAUGCGCCUCUACUUAAUGGCCAAUCUACAUUUUCAACUGCCAAUUCGAUCCAUCGCACAUCUACUGGAACCUUCAUGAAGUUGAAAACAUAUUUACAUGCGCUGCGCCCGUGGUCAUUAUCUGGCAGCUUGGUACCAACAUUGAUGGGAUCGGCAUUGGCAUAUCGUUCCCAAUGGGCAUCUGAUUUUAGUCUCAUAACAUUUUUUCUAACAGCCUUCACAGUAGUCACAGUACAUUGCGCUGGUAAUGUGGUGAAUACAUAUUUUGAUUUCAUUAAGGGAAUCGACAAACAAAAAGCCGAUGACCGCACUCUUGUUGAUCACAUUCUUACGAAGGAUGAGGUGGUCUCAUUAGGCGCAAUUUUGUAUAUGGCUGGAUGCGGUGGUUUCAUCUGUUUAGCCUUUCUUAGUCCAGCUAAAAUGGAGCAUCUCGCGUUAAUUUAUUUUGGCGGUCUAUCCUCUAGUUUUCUUUACACUGGUGGAAUUGGUUUCAAGUACAUAGCCCUUGGAGAUGUUGUUAUUUUAAUACUCUUUGGACCACUCUCAGUAUUGUUCGCGUUUAUGUCACAAACAGGGCAUGUGGAUUGGACCACUAUUUACUAUGCUCUUCCUCUUGCACUGAAUGCCGAGGCUAUAUUACACAGCAAUAAUACACGGGAUGUAGAAAAUGACCGCAAGGCAGGGAUUGUGACGUUAGCUAUACUCAUCGGACGCACGGCAUCACACGUCUUAUACGCACUACUCCUCUUCACGCCGUACAGUGUAUUUGUAGUAUAUGGUUUGAAAUACUCACUAUGGUUUUUAUUGCCUCUCGUGACUGUCCCACAGGCGUUUCAGAUUGAAAAGCGCUUUCGCAACGAACAUACAAUGAGCUCUGUACCACGACAAACAGCUAAACUAAAUUUCUUUUUCGGUGUGCUCUACAUAGUAGCGAUAUGCUGUGCUAAAAAAUUACCCGACUUCAGUUAUCGCAGACAUUAGAAUGAUAAAAUAACUUUAUAUUCAUAGUAGUAGCGAACAAUAAUUUUCAUUUAUUAAUAAUAUGAAUAUUGUCAGAUAAUAAAUUAAAUACAUUCAUUAAUACGAGGAGCGACUCAUAAGCACGCGACUUAAGGUACAGAAUGAAUAAAAAGUAUGGUUCUAUAUUUUUCAAUGUAAACCUCUUCCCCCUUUUCAUAUCGUGAAUAUACAUAAUACCUUUAAGCAACUGAAAAAAUAUUCUUUAGAUUUCUCUUCCAAAUGGAAAAAAUAUCUUCCUUCACGUAACUCCUUUUCGAAAAUACAAAAAGAAAAGGAUACAUUUUCUAUGAAUUCUGUAGUUUUUAAUACAUCCCUCGUAACCCGAGCAGUAUGUAUAAAUCUUACAAGGCGGUGAAAAAUGUCAUCCAAAUCACUGUAACGCAACUCCAAACUAUCUUGCAGAGCUGUGUGGGUAUUUUGACCUUUUCAUUGAUAUGAUGUUGUUGCUUGUUACGGUUAUAUCUGUUGCAGAACAAAAUUAAAUAGGGUAUGUUAUUCAUGUACAAUUAGUGUUAUUAGUAAAAGAAUGAGGGGCAAUCUCUGAGUACCUUUAGUCGCGAACUUAUCAGCCGCCUCUUGUAUCUACAUACAAAUACAUAAUUUGUAACGCUUCCCAUACUUAUGAUAAAUUAAAUGAGAGUGAAAUAUUCGAGGAGGUAAAACAUAUAAACUGCGUACUCUAUACAAUAAAUUAUAUGUAGCUCUUAGAUACAACUAAAACAAACUAUCAAUAAAAAUAAAUUAUAUAAAUUCAUGAUAGUGCAGCUUUUACAAAGAAAACUGAAUUGUAACUUUUAACUAAACGUAGAUUAAGUCGAAGAACCUUUUGUAAAAGAAUAAAAAUUAUUAAGAAAAUUUAGCACGAAUAUAGGGAAUUUUUCGUAAGCGUUAUAAAAACUAUGAAUACACGUAUUAACAUAACAAAAUAAUCAGUAGAAAAAUCGAAUUCACUCAAAGUUUAUUUCAACGAUUGGAUAUAACAGAGGAUUAUAUCUUAAAUUAACACUUAACUCAUCAUAAUUUCUUAGAAAAUGCUAAAACAAUGAGUUGCUUUACCUUUAAGCUUUACAAAUUGAAUUCCGAAAACAAAGGCUUUACAGUUAUCAGAUUGAAAAGCCUUAAGUGAUUUGAUUGAUUGAUUUUGAUUCAGCGUUCCAAAUUCAGAGUAUUCUAGAUGAUUGGAUUAAAAUUUAUCCAAGCUAAGGAAAUAAAAUUCAUUUUUAAUAACUAACAACCUUAAACAAACUAAAAUGUAUACAGGUUUACUCGAUUGAAUCUUAAGUUAUAUUUGCGUAAAACUACAUACAUAUAUUUACAUACAUAUAAGAAACGGAAACUGAUGAAUAUAUUCUCAUUGAUCUAAAAUUCAAAGAGAAAAAACGAAAAUUAAAUCAACUGAAAGAAGUUUAAUCAAUUGAUUACUUUGAAAUUAUUUUAGUUUUACAAACUCUCUUCCCGCCAUUCUCAUGAUCGCACUGCAUUGCAACAUUAUUUAUCUAAAUUGCAACAUUAUUUAUUUAAAUAAACAUGGAAACACAAAAGUUCUAUCAAAAAAUUUAUAUAAAAACCGAAAUACAUAUACAUACAUAUAUGUAUGAUACAUAUGUAUUUGAGUAGCUUUAUUAUUUUUUCAUAGCGACUUAGUAAUCUCAUUAUUUUAAAAGUGCGUGUAAAAUAUUUAAUUAAAUGGAAGUGCUUCAAAGAUGAUUAAAACAAUAUAACUCAAUUACUUAAAUCAAA